AUGUUUGAAGAUGAGAUAGCCACACUGCGUCGAAUGUCGAAGCGUCAGGUUCUUAUGCAAAUUCUGAACUUCCUCAUGAUUAUUGCAUCGGCUUUAAUGGUAUGGAAAGGGUUAGCUCUCUAUACUAACAGUGAGAGUCCUAUAGUUGUAGUAUUAAGUGGAAGUAUGGAACCUGCUUUCUAUCGAGGCGAUCUCCUAUUUCUUGGCAUGCCAGAUGAACCACUUCGAGUGGGAGACAUUUGUGUAUUUAAAAUUCCUGGGAGAGAUGUUCCGAUUGUACAUAGGGUCAUAAAGUUACAUGAUGAGAGAGACACGGGAAUGCAAUACAUUCUUACUAAAGGAGAUAAUAACCAGGUAGAUGAUCGCGGAUUGUAUAAUCCUGGGCAAUUAUGGAUACACAGAAAGGACGUCGUCGGGAAAGUUAGAGGAUUCUUACCGUAUGUUGGAAUGGUUACCAUCAUAAUGAACGACUAUCCACAAGCAAAAUAUUUAUUAAUCGCAGCAUUAGGAAUAUGGGUGCUAACGCAUAGAGAGUGA